AUGGCCAACAUUUUUGCUUUCCUCACCGUGUUUGCCGCCAUGGUCACUGCCACCAAAAUCCCGAUUGGGACGCCUUACAUAGGCAUCUGCGCUGCCAACGAAGACCUCGAUGCAGGGUUGUGCUACCCUAAGUGCAAACCCAACUACACGGGUAUUGGUCUAGUGUGCUGGGGCCGCCCUUCUCCCUCGUGGGUGGACUGCCCCAUGGGGGACGCAGUAACCCAUUCUCACUGCGCCGCUGUCCUCGCCGACCAAGUUCUUUCGGUGGUGGUGCCUACCGCCAAUAUCUCCACACGGUUUGCAGGCAGUUCGGUCAAGGUGCUCGCUAGCGCUGCGAACCCGGCCCAGGUCUCCAAGUUAAGAUCGUUGUGGUUGAAAGCCCUGCCGCACCUCGCGAAGAAAGACUUACAGUACGCACGUACCGCAAUUGCCCUCAUGGCCGUCCUUGAUAAAACUGGCCUCUUGGAUGUCGUAGCGGCCGACAUGUUCCCCACUUGCGACAAGAUCUACUUUGAGUGCAGGACCGCGCAGACGCUGCUCUGUUGUCUGCGUCGGUUUGCACAACCAGCUAGCUACAUUUGUUAUGAGCCUCCUGCUUCGACCAUUACCAUUCUCCUGGACGAUGCCUACAAAUUCUAUGCUGCGUGGCGCACCACGUUUGAAGAAGCGUCCGCGACCGCAUGCUUCUUCUCCCUCUACACCAACGAGACAUACUGCUCCACGCGCAUUGAAACCGACGCCUACACCAUCAGCCAGGCCAAACACUAG